CCAAGUACAAGGUUUUCUGUGAGGCGGCCAUGAAGAAAGAGAUAGAUGGCCACGACAAGACUGGAACCUUUACCAAGGUCAAGGAGCUGCCCGAGGGGCGGAAGGCCAUAGGUUCAAAGUGGGUGUUCUCUUGGAAGACGAAUGAGAAGGGCCUGAUAGUCGACUUCAAGUCCCGUAUGAUUGCGCGGGGUUUCUCUCAAAUCCCCGGCAUCGACUUCCACCACUCAUUCUCAGCGUGCCCGUCUGCAGCGUCUAUCAAGACGGUGAUUGCCGUAGCCACUGAAAUGGGCAAGAAACUCGCUCACUGGGAUGUGAAGCAAGCGUACAUCCACGCUAAGCUAAAAGAAGAAACAUGCCUCAGGUUCCCGGAAGGCUAUGGUAACAUGUCCGGCAAGGUGGUCAAGGUUGAGCGUGCCCUGUAUGGCCUAAAGCAGAGUGGCCGUGAAUGGGGGUUUGAAGCUGCCGGUGCCCUCAUAGAGAAUGGAUACGAGCAGUGCAGGGUUGACCCGUGUGUCUUCCGGAAGGUGGUGGAUGGAGAGGUCGUAAGUCUCAUCGUGAUCUACGUUGAUGACAUCUUAGUAGUGGCAGACGAGGGAGAGCGAGAGGAGUUGUUCGCUUCCCUCAACAAGAAGUUUCCCGUGGAAAGUCUGGGGGAGUACACCUGGUACGACGGGUGUGCUAUCGCCAUGGAUGUAGAAAAUGGCAUCACCAAGCUGUCCCAGACAGCAUACAUUGAGAGUAUGCUGAAGCGGUUUGAUGUGACCACGACCGCUUUCACCCUUGCUGCCACCGAUGCCGACCUAGGGCCGAAGAGAGAUGACGAGCCCGCGGUGGAUAAGCCUGUGAGGGAGGUGAUCGGAUGCCUGAUGUGGACGAAGCUGACGAGGCCGGCCAUCGCCCUGCCUCUGAACAAGCUCCAGAAGAUCGCACACUCACCCACCGGGAGGAUAUGGAACGCGCUUGUGCGGAUCAUGUCCUACCUGAACUUCACGAAGGACUUCGGCAUCACCUACGUACGGGGGUCAGGACUAGACCUAAGCGUGUUUGUCGAUGCCAGCUACGCUGGAAACGAAGUAGACAGGCGUUCUACGACCGAUCUAGCUGUGACCGUAGGAGGCGUUGUUGUGCGUGGCGUUCUGUCGUUCAUAGCGCCCAAGACGAGUGGGGCGAAGAUCAAGGUCCUUGAGGACAACAAGGGGGCUCUCGCCUUAAUCGAGGACCCGUUCAGCUCAGCGAGGAGCAAGCACAUCGACGUGCGGUUCCAUUUCAUUCGCGAGCUAUUCAAGUCGGGCAAGAUCACUGCAGAGUAUGUUCCGACUGGAGAGCAGCACGCCGACAUGCUGACCAAGGUCCUUGGCAGAGAGAAGUUAGAGUACCACCGGAAGGCUCUGAUGAACCUACCGAUGGAGUGUUCUCUUGUUCUGUUUGGUUUAUGUGGUGGUUUNUCGGGCAAGAUCACUGCAGAGAAGCGUUGUGCCGGCGCGUCACCCGCGGCUGGAGCCUAG